AUGUUAGUUGAUGACGCCAAGACAUUAAUUGAAUGCAUUCGAACGGAUACUCAAAAGAGUAAUCCAAUUGGAGUGGGUGACUUCUGGCCAGAUGGCCUCACACGGCAUGGAAGGUCGGAGGCCGCCAAGCCGCUACUGACACCACUCAAAAAUGUUUAUGAGAUAAUAUCCUCGCCGUGUCUAAGGGCAGUGCAUAGUGCAAUGCUUAUGGCUGGAUCAUUCCAGAAAGUUGGCAGUCGAUAUGAGAAUAAAGGCCAGGUGUUGCUGCAGCACGAUUCACGCCUCAGAGAGGCCACCAACUGGCCUCAGGACGAAGCCGCCAUUAUGCAAGAGGUCGCAGGCCGACGAUCUGCAUCUUACAUCGAGGUACAGGGAGGCAAUGGCCGCGACAGGGCUCCUGGCACAAUCUUAAGGAGGGCGACGGUUGACCUUACACACAUUAUGCCGUUUUGCAAACACGAGAAGGUUACGACUCUAGCAACCGUAAUGAAGGCAAUGAGGAGGCCACGCACCGUUGACGAAAUUGAAUGCGAAGUUUCUCAGUUUCGAGAUGACUUACUACAGCUCACUUUGAAGAUAACCGACGAGCACCAGGCCUCCGGAAGAACCGGUGCCCCUGUUGUUGUUGUUGUUCUACAUGGUGGAAUUUUCAAUUUCAUCGUGAACAAUUGGAACUGCAAGUUCAAGAGGGAAACGAAUAGGUCGAACUGGGAAUGGUGUGCCUCAACCACUCUUGGGAAUGGGGAUGUGACGGUAUUCGAAUUCUCUAACUGCGGCAAAACUCUUGAAGAGAUCUCUAGAAAAAGCUACUUCGAGGAGGUUUUCGGGGAUAAAUACAGAAACCUGGCGGAGGAAAACCUGAGUCAACCGUAUUACAAUAUCGACGGCACUCCAGUUGAUGAGAAACAAGAACAUGUUGACUUUAUGAAAAGAACAGGAACCGCGGUGGCUGCUGUACCUACUAAGGCAUUAGAAAUUGUCUGGAGCGAAAUCACAGCGGGGGAAAACUAG